AACUUCUGCAGCUGACAAAAAUGAGGAAACUUCGUGAACUUCCCAGACUGACACAAAUUGGCUUGUGAAACCUUCUAAUAGAGAAAGUUCUUGGGACAAACUUCACUUGAUCCACGUGUAAAGGAAAUUCUUGCCAGACACUGAAGAAAGGAAGGGGAUUUCUCCUCCUAAUCUGGGCCUCCUGUCAUGGAUGAAGAGACUCGGCACAGCCUUGAGUGUAUCCAGGCCAAUCAGAUUUUUCCCAGGAAGCAGCUGAUCCGGGAGGAUGAGAAUCUUCAGGUUCCUUUUCUUGAACUUCAUGGAGAAAGCACAGAGUAUGUGGGCCGUGCUGAGGAUGCCAUCAUUGCCCUUUCUAAUUAUAGACUUCACAUCAAGUUCAAGGAGUCUCUUGUUAAUGUUCCAUUACAGCUUAUAGAAAGUGUUGAAUGCCGAGAUAUAUUUCAGCUUCAUUUGACUUGCAAAGACUGCAAAGUUAUCAGGUGUCAGUUCUCAACCUUUGAGCAGUGUCAAGAGUGGCUCAAGAGACUGAACAAUGCAAUCCGACCACCUGCGAAAAUAGAAGAUCUAUUCUCAUUUGCAUACCACGCUUGGUGCAUGGAGGUCUACGCCAGUGAAAAAGAGCAACAUGGAGACCUGUGCAGACCAGGGGAGCAUGUAACGUCAAGGUUUAAAAACGAAGUGGAGCGAAUGGGUUUUGAUAUGAACAAUGCCUGGAGGAUUUCCAACAUCAAUGAGAAGUACAAGCUAUGUGGUAGCUAUCCACAGGAGCUCAUAGUGCCUGCCUGGAUCACCGACAAAGAACUAGAGAGUGUUGCAAGCUUCAGGUCCUGGAAGCGCAUCCCUGCCGUCGUUUACAGGCACCAGAGUAAUGGAGCUGUCAUUGCCCGCUGUGGACAGCCGGAGGUCAGCUGGUGGGGCUGGCGAAAUGCUGAUGAUGAGCACCUGGUGCAGUCGGUAGCCAAAGCUUGUGCCUCUGAUUCCCGAUCAAGUGGCAGCAAGCUGUCAACUAGGAACAGUUCUCGAGACUUUCCCCAUGCGGGAGACCUUUCUGAUGUGGAAUUUGAUUCUUCUCUGUCGAAUGCUUCAGGAGCAGACAGUUUAGCCAUCCAACCGCAGAAGCUUUUGAUCUUGGACGCACGUUCCUAUGCUGCAGCUGUGGCAAACCGAGCCAAAGGAGGAGGCUGUGAAUGCCCGGAGUAUUACCCAAACUGUGAGGUCGUGUUUAUGGGGAUGGCAAAUAUUCAUUCAAUUCGGAGGAGUUUUCAGUCUCUGCGGUUGCUGUGCACACAGAUGCCGGAUCCGGGAAAUUGGCUCUCAGCCCUUGAAAGCACAAAAUGGCUCCAUCACCUGUCUGUGCUCCUGAAGUCGGCACUUCUGGUAGUGCACGCCGUGGAUCGUGAUCAGCGGCCUGUACUAGCGCACUGCUCAGAUGGCUGGGACCGCACUCCCCAGAUUGUGGCAUUGGCUAAGCUCUUGCUGGAUCCGUAUUACCGAACCAUAGAGGGUUUCCAGGUCCUCGUGGAGAUGGAGUGGCUGGAUUUUGGUCACAAGUUUGCCGACCGGUGUGGUCACGGGGAGAACUCUGAUGACCUGAACGAGCGCUGCCCUGUGUUUCUGCAGUGGCUUGACUGCGUUCAUCAGCUUCAGAGGCAAUUUCCUUGCUCUUUUGAGUUCAACGAAGCAUUCCUUGUGAAACUGGUGCAACAUACCUAUUCCUGCCUGUUUGGAACAUUCCUGUGCAACAAUGCCAAGGAGAGAGGGGAAAAGCAUACUCAGGAGCGAACGUGUUCUGUGUGGUCAUUGCUUCGGGCAGGCAACAAGGCUUUCAAAAACCUACUGUAUUCCUCUCAGUCGGAAGCCGUGCUGUACCCUGUGUGUCACGUGCGUAACCUGAUGCUGUGGAGCGCAGCGUACCUGCCCUGUCCAUCCCCAUCCACCCCCGUGGACGACAGCUGUGCACCGUACCCAGCCCCCGGCACCAGCCCUGAUGAUCCGCCCCUGAGCCGGCUACCAAAGACUAGAUCAUUUGACAAUCUGACUACAGCUGGUGACAACACAGUGCCUCUGGCCAGCCGGCGCAGCAGUGACCCAAGUCUGAAUGAGAAGUGGCAGGAGCACCGGCGCUCAAUGGAACUGAGCAGCCUAGCUGGUCCUGGGGAGGAGCCUCUCGAUCCUGACAGCCUGGGAAAGCCAACCAAAGUGCUGGGCGGUGCCGAGCUGUCUGUCGCGGCUGGAGUGGCUGAGGGGCAGAUGGAGAACAUUUUGCAAGAGGCCACCAAAGAGGAGAGUGGGGUAGAGGAACCUCCCCAUAGAGGGAGCGUUGAGAUGCAGGAGGUCGAAGAGGAGGCUGUCUUAGAAAAGCAGAUCAGGGCGAAGACCCCUGAGGGCUCGGCCAUUAUCUUUCCUCAAGAACCAGAACUGGGUGAUGCUGCUCUGGUGAACCGUCCAGGCACUGGCCUCUCUGUGUUCUCCCACGAUAUUCCUGAGCAGCAGGGUGGGCACAGUGUUCUUCCCAGUUUUCUCCCAGAGUCCCCCGAGGGAGAGGAUGCCCAGGAGGUCCCUAUGGAACAGCCCCAAAUAGGAGCUACCACAGAGGGUAGGGAGGAAGCUUUUCUUCCAGUCCCAGUAGAUGCAGAAGUUGGCUAUGGUACCUCACAUUCAAGUUCUCUGCUGCCGUCCCAAGUCCCAUUUGAGGCUAGAGGACCAAAUACAGACAGUUCAAUGGACAUGUUAACAGAAGAUCAAGUCAAGUCGGAAAGUGGGCCCGAAGGCCAUCAUACACCUUGCCUGGUAAACAGUGGCUGGUUCAGUGGCAAGCACAUGCUUCCUCAAACUAUGGAGCCCCGGCCUUCGGGGAAGAGCCUAGCUGAGAGGCCCCAGGUGGCAUCUGUGGUACAUAGGACUUCCCCUGGCAGCACCCACAGCCCAACACAUUCUCCUUGUGCCUUGCCUUUAGCCGAAUGUAAAGAGGGGCUUGUGUGCAAUGGUGCCCCAGAGACCGAAAAUAAGGCUUUAGAGCAGCCCCCAGGGCUUAGCACUCUCCAGAAGCACGCCACCCCCAACGGGCACUGCACCAAUGGGGAGGCUGGCAAGAGCAAGGACUCACUGAGCCGCCAGCUGUCUGCUACAAGCUGCGGCUCUGCCCACUUACACUCGAGGAACUUGCACCACAAGUGGCUGCACAGCCACUUGGGGAGGCCAUCUACAACGGGCAGCCCUGACCAGCCUUCCCGCAGCCACCUGGACGACGAUGGCAUGCCUGUGUACACGGACACUAUCCAGCAGCGCCUGCGUCAGAUUGAGUCAGGCCAUCAGCAGGAAGUGGAGACCUUGAAGAAACAAGUACAGGAGCUGAGGAGUCGCCUGGAGAGCCAGUACCUGACUGGCUCCCUCCGCUUCAAUGGGGACUUUGGGGAUGAAGUGACUUCAAUCCCCGACUCGGAAAGCAAUCUGGAUCAGAACUGUUUGUCUCGCUGCAGCACAGAGAUUUUCUCUGAAGCCAGCUGGGAGCAGGUGGAUAAACAGGACACGGAGAUGACCCGUUGGCUCCCUGACCAUCUGGCUGCCCACUGCUAUGCGUGUGACAGCGCCUUCUGGCUCGCCAGCAGGAAGCACCACUGCAGGAAUUGUGGGAAUGUGUUCUGCUCCAGUUGUUGUAAUCAGAAGGUUCCAGUUCCCAGCCAGCAGCUCUUUGAACCCAGUCGAGUGUGCAAGUCUUGCUAUAGCAGCCUUCAUCCCACAAGCUCCAGCAUUGACCUUGAACUGGAUAAGCCCAUUGCUGCCACUUCAAACUGAAGCUCAGUGACCUGGGGCGGGCAGAGGCCAAGCUGCUGUUCCUCUGACAGGCCCACACAGCCUGGACAGACCGAGAGGCCCGUGCACUUUGGAAUGGGGGCAUGGAACCACCUGUGCAGUGACAGAAAUUUGGGAUGUACCACUGGAUUGUAGAUCGAUUUUUCUUUCCUGUUGUUCCUCCUCCCUCCUUUUCCAUCUUCUGCCUCCAAAAAAGAAAGAAGUCCCCUGGUUGUCUUAAAUUUUUUUUUUUAAUGAAAGACCAGAGGUUGCCAGGCCCCCUGUAAACUGUUGAGCCGCCUGUUGUCCUGUGAUGCUGAAGGUUGGCUUGGUUCCUCAGGAUGGGAGGAGGCUGGUCAGAGUCAGGAGUGGAGGCCCCAGAUGAGUGAGUGGGGGGAAGCAAGCCAGGGCGGAUGUUUGUGACCAUUUCUCAUGCUACUGCCACAUCAGAGCUGAUUGGAAAAACCUUUGCUGCUGAGGAGGCUGAAAGCAUCUUCCUUCAGAGCACUGCCCUGAGUGCCUUCUCUCUCUUGAGAGGAGCUGGGCCUGUCCGACCUCAGAGAUAAAUGGGAUUGGCAUUUGAGGGAGGGACACAGAGUAAAUGGAACCCUUCCAGGCCCCCUUUCGGGGAAGGAAGGUGUUUGUUUCUCUGAAGCAAAUGAGAGGGACUGGGAAUGGGGGUGGCCAUGUUCUCUCUUGCAUGGGAUUUUGUUUUUAACUUGACCCUGGAUGGUCUAGGGCUCCCUUCACGGUCAGGAGUAGGACUCCCUCGGCCAGGCUGUGUAGUACUUCCCACUCUCAGGCAUAAGAGUGCAUACUGGCCAGAGUGCGGUGUCCUGCUGCUGUGGCCAAGGCCAAAGCCUGCCCUGAGCCCGGGCACACCUGAAAGCCCCUUCCGGGGCCUGGUCCCCCAAACAAUCUCUCUUCCUUGAACAGCACAGGGAAAUCCAGACUCAGGGUUCCAAAAAUUCCCCAUUCCCAAACCAAACAAAUCAUGGAUCUCCCCCUUAAGGGGUAGAAUCAGCCUUUUAGAGUGCAAGCCUCUGGAAAAGGGAGCAUGUCCUAUACAAUCAGCCUUCCUCCUCCUUCCCUUCCCUUUUUGGGGCAGUGGGAAGGGCCCAGCGAUCCCCCUGCCCUGCUCCUGUGCUCCUGGCCAGCAGUGAGGGGACACUUGGUGACUCUGCAGGGUUCUUUAGAAAAUUUGUGACACAGCCCGUAGGAGAUUUGGGGCACCUUUCCCAGUAAGUUUGGUGUGGUCCCAAAAAAAAGAGCCUUAAAUCAAGAAUAUUUGUGGUAGAGUGAGUGUGGGGAAGGUUUGUGCUUUGUAAUCUUGGCAUCCAUGUUUUGUGCCUGCCCUCCCUCUUGGGGAAGGGCCAUGCUUGGCUCUGCUAAAAGCUGCUAACUGGUAAUGGCGGAUCGUGGUGAGCAGAUGGGGAUGAGGCCAGGGAACUCUCUGACCCUUUGGAAGCAAUUCCCUGGCCAAGGCAAGUUGUGUCUCAGGAAGGUGGCUCCUGUGUGUGCCUGGGUGUGGUUACAAGGUGGCCCAGAGCCUCCCCUGGAGCUGUCAGUCCAGGCAAAGCCAAGAGCAUCAGAAUGAGUCUCUGACUUCCUAGUGGCUGCAGGUAGCUCAGAGUCUGGCUUUAGUGAAACAGGGUGUAGUUCUUCUCCACACUCUGUAUGGUCUGGCCGUGCAGGUGGGGAGAAGUCAGUCUUAAUUAAAGAUUGUGCAGUUCCUAGUGACAGGUGCCAAGAGGUUAUGAUACGGGUUUCUUGGGUCUGAUGUACAGUGUGAAUAAAUGCUUGCAGCUCUUAGCCCUUUUCGAUCAAUGAAGCACUUUUUUAUUAAUAUUUUUCUUUGUAUGUAAAGGAGGAACCGUAACUCUCCGUAGCUGUACAUAUAACCCUUUUCUCCUAAAGAGGAGUCAGUCAGUGCUCCUAUAUUUUUCAUUUUUUGUCAAAGCAGGAAGUAAAUACUUUAGAACUGUUAAAUAUAUAAAUAAAGUGAAUAAAGUUUAGUGUUCCGCAUGGUAGCAUUUGCUAACACA